GUGGUGCCACACGUUCUUUGCUAGCUUUUGGGGACAGAGAGGAAGCAGAUUCCUUGCGACCUGCUGCGGGUCUGGUGACCUAUGAGGAUGUGUCUAUUCAGUUCUCUGAAGAGGAAUGGGCUCUGCUGGAUCCAGACCAAAGAAGGCUUCACAAGGAAGUCAUGGAGGACAAUGGUCAGAAUGUGGCCUCUCUGGAAUUGGGAUGUCUGGAAGUUGACCGUCUGUCUCUUUCCCCCAAAGAGCAACUUCUGGUUCCCAAACCUGGACCCGUAAGCCCAGCGGAAGAAGCAGGAGAUCCAGUUGUCCAAGACACAGAAGAAACUGAGAAAUCAGCAGAGUCUGAUGGUCCCCAGAACGAGUUGGAGGGAGAAGCACAACCCCAUUUAUUUAAUGAAAAAGAGCAAAAAAGAAACACUGAAACAGAAUGGAAGAGCGGGGAUGAAUGCUCUGCUUCACCGGGUGCUGAAUCCCAGGGGUUUGAUACACAUGGCAUAAUUAACGCAAAGGAGAACUCUGAUAAAAGCUUGGAGCGUGGCAAGAGGUUAGAUAGGAAGGGAGACAUUCCUGACCAUCAGCAAGUCCACACUGGGUUGAAACCACACAAAUGUUUGCAGUGUGCAAAGAGCUUUAAUCAGAGUUCACAUCUUAUUGUCCAUCAACGUGUCCACACGGGGGAGAAACAAUACAAAUAUCUGAAGUGUAAAAAGAGGUUUGCUGACAGUUCACAACUAAUUAAACAUCAACGAAUCCACACUAGGAAGAAGCCACAUCAAUGCUUGGAGUGUGGAAAGAGCUUUGCUUCGCAUUCACAGCUUACUGUCCAUCAACGAAUCCACACUGGGGAGAAGCCGCAUACAUGUUUCCAGUGUGGAAAGAGGUUUGCUGACAGUUCACAACUAACUAAACAUCAACGAAUCCACACUGGGGAGAAGCCACAUAAAUGCUUGGAGUGUGGAAAGAGCUUUGCUCACAGUUCAAACCUUACUGUCCAUCAACGAAUCCACACAGGGGAGAGGCCACAUAAAUGCUUGGAGUGUGGAAAGAGCUUUGCUCGGAGUUCACACCUUACUGUCCAUCAAUGUACGCACACUGGGGAGAAGCCACAUAUAUGCUUGGAGUGUGGAAAGAGCUUUGCUUCACGCUCACAGUUUACUGAUCACCAACGUACGCACACUGGGGAGAAGCCAUAUAAAUGCUUGGAGUGUGGAAAGAGCUUUGCUUCACGCUCACAGUUUACUGAUCACCAACGUACGCACACUGGGGAGAAGCCAUAUAAAUGCUUGGAGUGUGGAAAGAGCUUUGCUUCACGCUCACAGUUUACUGCUCACAAACGUACGCACACUGGGGAGAAGCCAUAUAAAUGUUUCCAGUGUGGAAAGAGGUUUGCUUCACGUUCACAACUAACUAAACAUCAACGAAUCCACACUGGGGAGAGGCCACAUCAAUGCUUGGAGUGUGGAAAGAGGUUUGCUGACAGCUCACAGCUAACUAUCCAUCAACGAAUCCACACUGGGGAGAAGCCACAUAAAUGCUUGGAGUGUGGAAAGAGCUUUGCUCACAGUUCACACCUUACUGUCCAUCAACGAAUCCACACUGGGGAGAAGCCACAUAAAUGUUUCCAGUGUGGAAAGAGGUUUGCUGACAGUUCACAGCUAACUAUCCAUCAACGAAUCCACACUGGGGAGAAGCCACAUAAAUGCUUGGAGUGUGGAAAGAGCUUUGCUCACAGUUCAAACCUUACUGUCCAUCAACGAAUCCACACUGGGGAGAAGCCACAUAAAUGCUUGGAGUGUGGAAAGAGCUUUGCUCGGAGUUCACACCUUACUGCUCAUCAACGUACGCACACUGGGGAGAAGCCACAUAAAUGUUUCCAGUGUGGAAAGAGGUUUGCUGACAGUUCACAGCUAACUAUCCAUCAACGAAUCCACACUGCGGAGAGGCCACAUCAAUGCUUGGAGUGUGGAAAGAGCUUUGCUCACAGUUCACACCUU